GACGCUGCUGCUGUUACUGGCUCUUCCUUCAUUACACACGUGCUCGUCUCCUUAUCUCUUUCGCACCACACCACACCCAUUUUAGUAUAAUUUGCUUCCUUCGGGUCAUUUUUCUCGGUCCCUUAGCGUACGCAGCCUGAAAAACGCUCUGCAGAUGGCCCGCCUCGCCUGUUUACAGUGGACCACCAUGCGCUAAACUGGCAAAAGCCUUAGCCUACCCACCCCGGUUAGACCGCCCACCCUUGGUGCUUGACCCCCAUUUGGGCCGCCGCUGCAUGGCCUUGCCCGUUCACGGAUGGUUCUAGGCCCAGACACGAGAGCCCGAUCCCCCAACUGAGCCAUUGUCCGUGUUCUUGGGUUUUCUUUCGCUUCACCGUGAUCCUCUCUCUGCCUUGUCCGUUCGCCUUUUCCCUUUCUAGCCACUGCUUUCCGGGCCUUGGCGCUGCAGCAACUGUCAAAAGGAAGCCCCCGUCCGCCCCGGCUCCGAAUGCACAGCUGCUGUUGUUGUCUAUCCCCGACUCCUUCAACCCAUCGGCCGCACCACCACCGCCAACAACAUCUUCGCUCCUUGCCCGCGCAACCACCCUCCCAUACAACGGCCACUCUCUCAGCUGCCUCGUCUUCCAUAUAUAUCCAACAUUCUUCAACCCGUUAAAAUCUCCAUUAUCCAUCUUAAUCGGCGCUGACGAUCCUUCUGGGCCCCGCCUUUCCUCUAUCGAUCGACACUGCUCAAGAGCGCAGCCUUCUCCGAAAAUCAUUACCACCAACGCUUAGGGAUUGCCUCGCGCCUUCCUGGAGCCAGCAUCCCCAACGCGCUUAGUUGCCAUCGACCGAGGAAGCCGCUUGGUUUCGAGACGGGUUGUGUGCAAUAGGCCCCGAUACCAUACACGCGGUGCCCCAACAGCAGCCCAGCAACAACGCGGCGACAACUUCGCGUUAACAGCUCUUCUAACACAACUAUUACCGCAACCAACAGGUCUGCGACUAUUUUUGUUUCGGCAUCCUCGUUUCAUUGCCAUUUUGGAUAGUCUCUAUAACCGGUGACAGUCCGCAAGCCGUUUACUACAUCUGAGACAUUUCUACCUUGCCCCGUCUCGCCUCUGACACAUCAUGGCCGCGGAGAAAAUGACCUACGCUACCUUCGGUAGUUUGCCGACCUCGUCGCGAACCUCUUCGACAUUACCUAGAAGGUGUAAAAAUAGACAACACAGCCAAAGGAAGCCGAAAACGCAAAUGUCAUGGCUCACAAUGGGCACGAUAGCCUGCUUAGCAACAACCACGCUAGCUGCCACAAUCAACCCUCGAUUAACCCCCGAGGCUGACCAGCUCCCAUCCCCAGGCCGCCCGCUCGUCAUUGAUAUUACGCCUCAGCAUCCUUCAGAUCCCUCUCCCAGCAUCCUCAUUACCGACUUUUCCAGAGAACUUGGCAUCGUAAAGCACGACCCCUUGAUGGCUAGACAAGCCGGCGGCGGCGCGCAGCCUACGAAAGAUAGCGCUGGUGAUAACUCCCAGAGCUCAUCUACCAAAUCGGCCGAAUCUCCCACAAAGACCGAUUCAAGCUCACAGUCUGCAACCCGUACCGGAGUUUUUGCAACUGCGUCUGCCAGCGACCAACCCUUCAAACUACCACAGCCUUUUGAUGGCACUAGGCUCAUCUUACCAGAGGACACUACAGACAGUUGCGCCCGCUUCAUGAACAAGCUUGCUGGUGAUCCUGUUGUGCGCCAAUGCUCCCCCAUCUCCCUCCUUGAUAAGACCUCUUCAGACUUCUUCCAGGCUAAGCGAUCCAUUACCAACCUGGCACGAGUUCUCGACGCUAGUUGCCGUGCGGACGUGAACACUUGUGAUAACUACUUUGGCCAACUCCUUUCCAACAUGACAAUGGAUGCCAAUUGCUCCCCAGACCUCCACAAAGCCAAACUCAACGACCAAAACGCCGUCCUUUCCACCUAUCUUGGCCUCAAAGGAUACCGCCCCAUGUAUGCUGCUACUUGCCUCGUCGAUCCCGAUAAGGAGCAGUACUGUUAUGCUACUGCCGUCGCUGGUGGAAGUGGUGCCAGCAGUAACACAGAUCUUUUCUUGUAUCCCAUGGUUUACGGUACCAAGCCCCAGCUCAGCCCUGCGCCUACUUGUGGCUGGUGCACCAAGUCUGUCAUGGCGAUUUUCCAUGAUGCCUCCGCACAUCGGUCACAGGAGGUCUCCAAGGUCUACGAAGGCGCAGCAUCUGCCAUCAACACUGUGUGUGGCAAUACCUUCGUCAACAGUUCGCUCCCUGCUGCGGUCAACGCCGCGACUGGUGCUCAGCCUCAGCUACUGAGCACAGUUGCCAUCACAGCUACAUUGUUCCUUUUUACGACUUUCUUCUAGGAGAAAUGGCCAUUACCCGCUACAUCUCCUUUCAUCAACAGAACGCACACUCUGCUAACAGCAAGAUUGUUUCAUUCGACUUCUCUGCACAUAUACUUACGUUUUGUUUUGGUUGAAAAACAAAAAUUAACGGUCCUUACUUAAUGUCUAUUAUAUAUUUUGGGUUUCCUUUGAACAUUGCGAGAAAACAGCUCGCAAUGUAUGAAGUUUCUUGAGCAUUUUAUACAGCACACGCCCGCAGCUCGCUACGGCUUGCUUUGGUGAACGGCGUGGUCUCCUGGCGUUUUGGGGGGCGAUAUUGGUACUUUUUACUACCAUACAUACCUUCUCUUUCAAUAGAAAAAGCUUCCCAUGGCUUGAAUAGCUUAUACAUGU